UUUGUCUACAACAGCAUGAAUACCAUCAACAACGAUGCCUUGGAGAAGCUGCAUUAUGUGACAGAGCUCACAGAAUUAAUCAGGACGAAGUCCUCUCUGAGAUCUGAUGGAGCCAAGGAUACCACAGAGUUUGUAAGUUUCUUUCCAGAUUUUGUCUGGACUGUGCGGGAUUUCACCCUGACUCUGGAGUUAGAUGGACACGCAAUCACAGAAGAUGAGUACCUGGAGAAUGCCUUGAAGCUGAUUCCAGGCAGUAAUCCCAAACUCCAAAUUUCCAAUCAGCCCAAGGAGUACAUCAAGCGUUUCUUUCCCAGAAAAAAGUGUUUUGUGUUUGACCGGCCAAUAAGUAACACAGAACUCUUAGCACAUAUUGAGAGGGUGUCGGAAGACCAAUUGGAUCCUAAAUUCCAGAAGCAAUCAAUGAAUUUCUGCUCUUAUAUCUUCACCCAUGCAAGCACCAAGACCCUGAGACAGGGUAUCAUUGUCACCGGGAAUCGUCUGGGGACGCUGGUGGUGACCUACGUGGAUGCCAUCAACAGUGGAGCAGUGCCUUGUCUGGAGAAUGCAGUGACAACUCUGGCCCAGCGUGAGAACUCAGCAGCUGUGCAGAGGGCAGCUGACCACUACAGCCAGCAGAUGGACCAGCGAGCCAGGCUCCCCACAGACACUCUUCAGGAGCUGCUGGAGUUGCACACGGCCUGUGAGAGGGAGGCCAUUACCAUCUUCAUGGAGCAUUCCUUCAGGGACGACACACGGGAGUUCCACAAACAGCUCAUGGCAGCCAUAGAGAAAAAGAAGGAAGAAUUCCUUCUGCAGAAUGAAGAGGCAUCUGUCAAAUAUUGCCAGGCUGAGCUUGCACGUCUUUCAGAGCCCCUGAUGGAAAGCAUUUCGAGAGGAACUUUCUCUGUUCCCGGAGGGCACAGGCUCUACUUAGAAGCAAAGAAAAAGAUUAAACAGGACUAUGAGCUAGUGCCCAGGAAAGGAGUUAAGGCAGAAGAGGUCCUCCUGAGCUUCCUGAAGUCACAGACAGCUACAGAGAAUACCAUCCUGGAGUCUGACAAAGCCCUCACUGCUGGAGAGAAGGCCUUAGCUGCUGAGCGAGCCUUGAAGGAGGCAGCUGAGAAGGAACAGGAGCUGCAAAGACAGAAACAGAAGGAGCAACAGAAAAAGAUGAAGGCUCAAGAGAGAAGCUUCCAGGAAAACAUGGCCCAGCUGAAGCAGAAGAUGCAGAUGGAAAGAGAAAACCUGCUAGCAGAGAAAGAAAGGAUGCUGGAGCACAAGUUGAAGGUCCAAGAAGAACUACUUACCCAAGUGUUUGAAAUGAAAUAUGAGAAAUUAAAUGAAGAGAUAAAUCAACUAAAAGAAGAUAUUAACAGAACUAAAAAGGAAGGACCCGUAAUGUUCCAAGACAUGCUGGAUGUGGCUGGCGAUGUGUUAACUGUACUUCCUGGGAAUGCUAAACUCUUAGGUUUAGGGAUGAAAUUAAUCAGCUCACGUAGCAAAGAGGCUAAGAAUUCCUAA